UUUCCAUGACGAGGGCAAACAAACGUUUAUUGCUUUUGUAAAGAGCGUUUACUCGAGAAUGCCGCAAGCGAUGCCAGAAACAGCGAUCUCACCGAAAAGUUUGUCUUCCCUGAGCACCUCGACCACCCCGCGGGAGGUGUCGAGCCACUUCACCGUGGAAAAGAGGCUACCACGAUGCGUGCGACGUAAAUUUCAAACGUAUUCCCAACUACCCGUAAGAUGUCACAGGUCCAGCCCGUAUUAUCGUCCUCGGAGACCCUCCUUGAGAUUGGCCGGACUUACCACUAUAAAUUAUACGGGUUCGAUUAACACGGCGAAAAGCUGUCCGGACAGUUUAACAUGCGCGUCGAUGUUUCGCGCGAUCGGUUUGUCAUCUUGCAAGAAAAGCUUGUCGAUGAUUGAUCUCACUGAAUCCGUGAUGGAGGCCGAGAAUGGUGACCUUAGGUCGGAUAGUAGUUCGACCUUGGAGAAGCUCGAGGACAAUGAGAAAAUGUACACGGGAAACGAAGGCGUUGGGUUCAGCGUCGGUAUCAAAAAUUGGAUGGACGGAUUCGUGUCGGCGGAGUCCGCGGAAGGGGGCACGCGAUUCUUUCAAAAUCCAAGAAAAGCAGCGAGCCUGGUGUGUCGCGUACUUGUGCUGAACGCAUGGAGGCGCAGGCGCGACGAAGUGCUCUAUCUUCGAGACACCAUCGACAAGCUGAGAGAGAACACGAAGAACCUGCAGCUGCAGAUCUCCGUAUUGCGUCGAUUGAUCGAAACGGAGAACAAUCGCGUUGGUAGAUUGACCAGCGAGGUUCAUCAUUUUAAAGUACUAUUGGACGAAACGGCGAAGGACAGAGAUAUUCAGAAAAGGGAAAAGGAGAAGAUAGAGGAGGAGGUGAGACGGUUGCACGAGGUCUCCGAGGAGAGGCUGGUCACGGCUGAGAACUUGCAAAACGAACUGAUCACAGCACGGAACCAGCUUCAGGCGCUCGAUGAGCAGAUCUCGAGGGACCGCGAGAAAUUGUUGAAGCUACGAGAGGACAAAAGAAUGCUUCUUGACAAGGUAACAGCCUGCGAAACAUUGGCCACGGAAAGGGGAGCGAGGGCAGAGAAGGCGGAAUCGGCCGUGGAGGAGCUGCAAUUGAAAUUAGCCACGCAAAUGGCUAUGUUCGAGACUUCGCAGCAACAGAUACAACGAUACACCAAGGGCCUGCAGUCUAAGGAGGAUGAGAAAGUAAGACUAGAGAAACGUUUUAGAACGAGCGAGGAAACGGGUAAAUCUCUAAACUUGCGGGUAGCUUUCUUGGAAGCUCAGCUGGCUGACCGUGAAGCUGCUUUGAGGCGUGUAGAGUCCACGUGUAACUCACAAGUCCUGGAAUUGAAUGAGCUAAAGGAGCGUUUAAUACGACAAUCUCAGGACGGGGGCUGGAGCAGUAGAAUGUUGCAAAUCGCAGGUAGUGUUGUUCGCGCGCCAGGCGCCAUUCUUCGAAGUUGGUUAUCCACUACGGGGCCGGUGUUAACCUCUUAA